GACCACCAAUCACUUCUCACCACUUUGCAGCAGCAGCAGCAGCACAACCAUGUCGGCCACUGUCGAGGAGAUCACCGAUGACGUUCAGGACCUCAACGUCCAGGAGGAGGAGGCCGAGUCGGGCGCGGCCGGCCUCGGCGGCGACGUGACCGUGGGCGAGCAGGUCAGCAACAAGGCGGAGCGCAAGGCGCGCAAGUCGCUGCAGAACAUUGGCCUUAAAAAGGUCCAGGGCAUCACGCGUGUCACGAUGCGCCGGCCCCGCGGCCACCUCUACGUCGUCAGCAGCCCCGAGGUGUACAAGUCGAGCGUGUCGGACUGCUACAUUGUCUUUGGCGAGGCCAAGAAUGAGGACAUGAGCGCACAGGCCCAGGCGGCCCAGGCCCAGCAGAUGGCCCAGGCCGAGCAGCAGGAGAGGCUGCUCAGCGAGCAGUUCAGCCAGAUGCAGCAGCAGGGUCAGGACGGUGGUGCGGCGGACAAGAAGAAGGAGGAAGAGGAGGACGAGGACGAUGGCUCCCCCAUCGACGAGUCGGGUGUCGAUGCAAAGGACAUCGACCUCGUCAUGGCUCAGGUCUCGGUCUCGCGCCGCAAGGCCGUCAAGGCUCUCAAGGAGAGCAACGGUGACCUCAUCAACGCCAUCAUGGCCUGCUCCUAAUUCCUCUCGCUCUUCCAUCGCUGCGCUCGUGCAUCAUUCGACACAUCCUUUUUUUCCCCACCCCUGCUGUUCUCAUGAAGAGCCACAACUGGAGAAAAAUAUAACAAAAAGAGAGAAAGAGCAAUUCAUGCAUUGACCUCGGCUCCUCACACCUUUGCCAUCAUUUGACCGCUGUUCUUGAGCUCUCUCAGCUUGGCCAUGACUUCGACUGGUCCGGCACUCUCGAGACCGAUGGCCUUUUUCACCUCGGCGUCGUCGACGAGCAUAAAGACGUUGUGGCGCUUCUCGUCGUCGAUGGUAAAGACACCCGUCGUCACGCCCUUGUUCUG